CAUAAAAAUGAUCAGUGUCGCUGCGGCAUGUGGAGGUGCUGCUCCCUCACUGACACCUGCUUUGACUCGCACAGGAAGAGGAGCGCAGAAGAAGAAGCAGCAGCAGCAGGGGGUUACCUAGCAGAGUCGCUGAUCAUGAAGAGCUCCAAAGAGGCCGUGCACGCUGCAGCCAGAGAGUUCCUGCAGUUUGUCAACAGAGGAGUGUCUCCCUAUCACGUUGUUGACGAAUGCAGACGGCGUCUGUUGGAGGCCGGCUUCAUCGAGCUGAAGGAGACGGAGCAGUGGGACAUCAAGCCGUCCUCCAAGUACUUUGUGACCAGGAACUACUCCAGCCUCAUCGCCUUCGCUGUGGGCGGACGCUACCUUCCUGGAAAUGGCUUCUCCAUGAUCGGAGCGCACACAGACAGCCCCUGCCUCAGGGUGAAGCCGCGGUCUAAGAGGACGAAGCAGGGCUGUCUGCAGGUCGGGGUGGAGUGCUACGGCGGCGGCAUCUGGAACACCUGGUUCGACCGCGACCUGACCAUCGCCGGCCGCGUCAUGGUCAAGAAGGACAGCAAGCUGGUUCAGCGGCUCAUCCACGUGCCCAGACCUCUGCUCAGGAUCCCCCACCUCGCCAUCCACCUGCAGAGGGACAUCAACGACUCCUUCGGCCCCAACAAGGAGAACCACCUCGUGCCCAUCAUCGCCACCGCCGUCCAGGAGGAGCUGGAGACGGGCUCGGUGUCAGCCGCGGACGCCGCCUGUGCCACCAACACGGCGGAGAAACACCACCCGGCGCUGGUGAAGGUGCUGUGUUCAGAGCUCGGCGUCGAGCCCGAAGCUCUGCUGGACUUUGAGCUGUGUCUGACCGACACUCAGCCGGCGGCGCUGGGAGGUGUGUACGAAGAGUUCAUCUACUCUCCUCGUCUGGACAACCUCCACAGCUGCUACUGCGCCCUGCAGGGACUGAUGGAGUCCUGCUCAGGCGACUCUCUGGCCAAAGAUCCCAACGUACGCAUGAUCACGCUGUACGACAACGAAGAGGUGGGAUCAGAGAGCGCUCAGGGAGCUCAGUCCAACCUGACGGAGCUCAUCCUCAGCCGCCUGUCCUCCUCCGCCUCCAACCUCACCGCCUUCCAACAGGCGGCGCCGCUCUCCUUCAUGAUCAGCGCCGACAUGGCGCACGCCGUGCAUCCCAACUACCAGGAGAAGCACGAGGAGAACCAUCGCCCGGCUUUCCACAAGGGCCCGGUGAUCAAGUUCAACAGCAACCAGCGCUACGCCACGACGGCCGUCACCGCCUCCGUCGUCAGAGAGGUCGCCAGCAAAGUCGGGGUGCCUCUGCAGGAUGUCAUGGUCCGUAACGACAGCCCCUGUGGAACCACCAUCGGACCCAUCCUCGCCGCCCGCCUCGGCAUCCCCGUGGUGGACAUCGGCGGCCCGCAGCUCUCCAUGCACUCCAUCCGAGAGAUGUGCUGCACCUCCAGCGUCCUGCAGAGCACCACCCUCUUCAAGGCUUUCUUCGAGUUCUUCCCCUCGGUGAGGAGCUCGCUGGUCCUCGACUAGAACCUGAAGAGUCACAGCUGAUGGAAAACGAGAGAUCUCACAGAUCCUCUCUUCAUGAAUGAUUUUCUCAGUUGUACUCGCUGUAAUUUCACCUCUCCCAAAGAAGAAAAUGACAUAAAGAUACACAUUAAAAUCUUUCUUAUGACAUGAAAUUGUUUAGAUAAUAAUAAAAUACUUUAAAGUAUUCCUGA